AUGUUAAAAUUCGCGAAAAAGAUAGCACAUGUAGCGCGUUUAUCUCGCUGUAGUAGUAGGUGUGCAAUAAAAAGAUUCGCGCACAGCAAGGUAGAGUCUUUAGACAAAGCAUUUCUAAAAGACGAUAUGCCAACGUAUGUUGUCCAUUUGCCACCGGUCUCUCAAUAUGGCGGUCAAACUGUCAUUACCUUAUUGCAUGCAGAUACUGGGAUCGGACAACGGGCAUGUAAACAUCUGAAAAGUUUAAUAGAGAUAUCAAAACUUCCCAUUACAUUCGAAAACAUCCCAAUAAGUCGAUCGAGCGCUACUGUAGCAGGCGAAGAUUAUUACUCGCUUCUGCGAAACCGUACGGCAGUAUAUUUGGAUUUAGAACUGGAUACAGAGUCAUUACAAAAGCGCUAUCAACUGAAUCGUCAAUUGGACUUGUUCGCUUGCAUUGCGAAGUUUAAAUCUCACCCAGGUUAUAAUUGCAAACGAACCAACGUAAACAUUUGGUCAUAUUCUCAGAACAAUGUCGGCGAUUAUGCCAAACUUGAAUAUGAACCAGUGAAAGGUGUCGUCGAAACCUUACGUAUAACUACUGUUGAGAAAUUAAGUCAAUUUUUACGUUUUGCAUUCGGCGAAGCAUUAAAGAAUGGUCGCAGAAAAAUAACCAUCGGCCAUAAAGCAGAUAUGUUGCCCAAAUCUGAUGGUCUCUUUUUAGAGCUUGCGCAGCGGAUUCAUCAAGAGGAAUAUGAAUGUUUGGAGUUGAAUGAUAUGAAAAUCAAUACCAUGGCUCGUAACAUUGUUAUGAAUCCGGAAAAGUUCGAUGUUAUUUGUAGUCAAUCCGGUUAUGGUCGCAUUAUUAAUGCCGCUAUUUCUGCGGUCUGCGGUGGAGCAUCUUUGUUUUCUUGCGUAGAUCUAGGUGAACGUUUUGCCGUUUUCAAGCCUUUAGAAAUGAAACUGGCGCUUAGCGAUUGCCGGGAAAUAUCACCGUACGGUGUAGUACGACUUUGCAUUGAACUCUUGUGCUACUUGGGUAAAGAGGAUUGUGCAAAGCUUAUCGCGUUAGAAUUAAGCGACGUCAUGUGUCGUGGCAUUAAAACUGAAGAAUUUGGUGGAAAAGAUCGGCCAGAUUUUGUUAUAUGCAGCAUUGUCAACAACUUGCAGUGCCAUUUCGCUUAA